ACAUUCUGUGUCAGGUUUUCAGUAAGCUAAUUACUGGUUAAAAUAUUGUAAUAGGAAUAUAAUUACACAAUUUAUACCACACUGAUUCGCAGAUUCUGCCUCUUAGGAGAACAAGAGCGCAGCAUGCAAAGCUCCAGGAGGGAAUAACAUCAGUUCACAGUUUAGGUGAACUGAAAUUAAAUAUAACUGCAACGAGUGUAGCACUAGAUAGCCCUGGCUGAGUGAUCAAAAUAAGCACUGUAAGGCUGAAAUUUUUUUCUUUGUGUUCACUGUAAAUGAACAAUUUCUCUUUCCUUUUCAAUAGCAUAUGUUAUCGUAUAUCAUGGAUUCUAAGAGGACACUAUUCCUCUGUGUUUGAAUGUGCUACUUCUAGACAUGUGAGACCUUUUACAGGUGGCCUCAACCAAAUUUUACACUAGUAGAUGCUAAGACACUGCUUCGCUCCACAUUUGUCUGGCAUACUCUUCUCCUGAAGCUUGUGGCAGAAGGGGACAUGCACCUGUGCCUCUGUCACUCUAGUUCAUAGAUGUGCUUCAUUUGUGAUACUCUGUGGACUGAAAGGCCAUGUGGUCCCGGGGCUGCUUCAGCAGCACAGGUGUGCUGGCCUCAACUAGGCAUGAUGAAGCAACAGAGGCUUAAACCACAAGAUUGCUCCUCCCCUUCUGAUGCAGAGUUUGAUGCAGUUGUUGGGUAUCUGGAGGAUAUCAUAAUGGAUGAUGAUUUCCAGUUAAUACAGAGGACUUUUAUGGAGAAGCACUACCAGGAGUUUGAUGACUCAGAAGAAAACAAGCUCAUCUAUACUUCUAUUUUUAAUGAAUAUAUCUCUUUAGUAGAGAAAUACAUUGAAGAAAAGUUGCUUGAUCGGAUUCCGGGUUUUAAUAUGACUGCAUUCACAAUGUCAUUGCAACAGCACAAAGAUGAAAUAGCAGGCGAUAUAUUUGAUAUGCUUCUCACAUUUACUGACUUUCUGGCUUUCAAAGAAAUGUUCUUGGAUUAUAGAGCUGAAAAAGAAGGUCGAAGUCUGGAUUUAAGCAGUGGGUUAGUCGUGACUUCAUUAAACAAAUCAUCAAUAUCCUCCUCCUAGAACAGUUUGUGCACUACUUUCCUUCUCCAGAUGAGUGCUGCUGCUUUCAUUUGGACAUUAAAACACUAAAGGUCAUGGGAAUCAAGGUGCUUUUAUAUGAUGAAAACUUAUUCACCCUCCAGACUAUACCUUCAGAGGCCUGAUCCUAAAAGCAUCUGUUUGUGAAUUCUGGUUGGUAUUCAGUGACCACAGAAGAUGACAAUUUCACCUCUACCAGAGUAAUUGUUUUUAAUAAAUACACAGUAUUUGUACACCAGCCUAACCAUUGCGCAUGCUGAGAAGCCCAGCACACUGAGAGGACAAUAAAUAGACCUCUGUGCGUGUUAUUUGGGUUGGCACCUUUUCCAUCUCCCCAAAAUGUAGAACUUUGCAGAAUCAAGAAGACAGUGUAAGAAGACUAUGUCCCUCCGGCUCUUGGAAGGACAGGUGUGAAUACAUAACCUCUGAGUUCCUCCAUGUCAAUGUUUUGUUGUUUUGGGGGUUUUUUUAAAUACUUUAAUAUGAUCUGAAGUGCUACAGCUUUGUAAUGGAAGAAUAUGUUUUAAUACGCAGGUGUUCUAGCAUAAGACUGUCUUGCGGCUCUGACAAUUGAUACGUUAGUGUGUAAAUCUGCUCUCCAGCUUUUAUAAGUCUUAUCCUUAAUGUGAAAAGUUCUCCGAUUCACUUUUGUUCAGGCCCCAGCUAUUCAACAUUGGGAAAAAUAACCAUGAUAAACCAAAAUCUGGCUUAUGUAUGCAAUUUCUUUUCGGCAGUGGCACAGCUACAUUAGUUCUAGUAAUAUAAGCUUGAUGGUAGGUUGGGCACAGACAUGUUUACCACCAUGUCAUUUACUGCUCUAAAUAGCAUGCUGAUUAAAGGGCGUGUUUUCGCUACUAAACUGUAAUUAGUGCAGCAAUGCAUUUUUCAGCAUCCGUUAAAAAAUAGAUGAGUAGCUUGCUGGUGGAGUUAUAGCCGUAAGCCUGUCACAAAACCCCAGGCGCAUCUCUGUUGGUGGUUGGAAUUAAAAUGCAUGUGGAGCUA